AUGUCAGUCGUCGCUAUAAAGAAUAUAUUGGCAAAGUUAAUAUCACGUAAAACAGAAGAAGAUGAAGAAUAUGAAAGAGCAAAUAGACUAUUGGAAAAUAAUGAACAUCCUUACGGGUCCACAUCAGAUUCCGAAGGAAUAGACCCUCAUAAUGAUAGAGGUCAAGAAAUAGCCAUAGAAGAAGCAAUAAUCAAUGCAGCAAAUUCAAUACAAGGUUCAGAAAAUAAAGAAAUAGAACAACCGGAAGGUUUAGCUGGAUUUUUCAAUAAAUUUGAUCCAAGAGUCAUGUCCGAUAUAAUUAUUGGUUUAUCCGAUGGUUUAACUGUUCCUUUCGCCUUAACUGCAGGUUUAUCAUCUUUAGGGGAUUCAAAAUUAGUUAUUACAGGUGGUAUGGCUGAAUUAGUCUCUGGUGCUAUUUCCAUGGGGUUAGGUGGUUAUUUAGCUGCUAAAUCAGAAUCCGAAUAUUAUAAUUCUCAAGUUAAAAAGGAAAAGCUUGCAUUCUUUAAAAAGCCAGAAAUGAUUAAUCAAGAAGCUGCAGAAAUAAUGUUUGAAUUAGGUGCAAGUGAACCAACAAUCAUAUCAUUCUUGAAAGAUUUGGAUUCUCAUCCAAAGAAUCUUAUUGAUUUUGUCAUUAGAUUCGGAAAAGGGUUAGAAGAGCCAGCUGAAGGUAGAGAAUUUACUUCAGCAAUGACUAUUGGUUCAGCAUAUUUCUUGGGGGGAUUUGUUCCAUUGGUACCUUAUUUUUUCACAUCAUAUGUUCAAACUGGAUUAUUAAUCUCAGUGAUUGUCAUGUUGAUUACAUUAUUUAUAUUUGGUUACCUAAAAACAUCCAUUGCAUUAGGUGACGAUUGUGGAACACACAAGAAAUUUUUUGAAGGUCUACAAAUGGUGGCAAUUGGUUCAAUUGCUGCUGGGUCCGCGUGGUCUUUGGUUUAUUUAAUUGAUCAUUAA